AUGGAACACGAAGUUGGUCUAUCUGAAGCAGGGAGAAUAAACCUGGACUGUCUGGUGUAUAUUGCACAGGGUGCGUAUGGAGAAGUCAAUGAUCAGAAACAGCAUAUCUUACAAAUCAAAGAGAACUGUAAGCUGAUUUGGAGGUCCGCCGGUUUGCCUGUUAUUUGGAAACAAAUCACCCGACUUAUAGAUUUGAAGCUGCCAAAUAGUCCAGCAGAGGAUUCAGUGGAUGAGACAGAAGUUGGAAUACAGGUAAAUGAUGAGCUAAUUUUGCUAUUGACGAUAUUUUAUUUAAUUGUGGAAACGCUUAGGGAUGAAAAAGAUGACACGUUCGUAAGUGAUCUAGACAGCCUGGAACCGCCAGUACUUAGCCAUUUGAUUGAUGUGGUAGGAAGACUGCGGUGGGUCAGUAAUAAACAAACGCUGGCCGCAUUUCCAGUCACAAAAAUAAACUUGAUAAUAUGGAAAUGUAUUCUUGUUUUGUUUGGCGGGAGAAGCCAGAUGGAAGAGGUGAAAGCGUACAUGAGGCAAAAGUAUGGUCUACCGAAAGAGUAUGAUGAGAACAUUAUCACCGCUUCCCCGUUGGAUUAUCACGCUUUCAGGGACGAUCUUAUAUCCAGAUAUCCAUCUUACGUACCUCCUCCUUCGCAUCUACCCAAAACUUUAGAGAAUACACAAAGCAUUUCACAUUUCAUUCAGGUAGCAAGACCAUCACACACACAGCCGUCUAAUACAGCUUUGCCAGCCCCUACUAUUCAUAUAGCGACACCAGCACCUUCCCCACCGAUGUCGCCAGCCAUGUCACCUGGUCAAAAGCUUCGCAAGUCUGUGUUCAUGACAAAUCAGAGCUUCCCUUUCCUGUAUCCAACUGAUAGCGAAGUACCCCAAAGUAUUGUCGAGGCAGGUGAAUUAUUUGCUUCUCGGAUAAGAACCACUCCGGCUCUUGUACAACUCUGGGAAGAACGCGACAAGUUUAUGAGGUAUGAAAGAGGCUGGGAUGGUGAAGAAAACCAAUCAGGUUCGGCAAAUAGUAAAGCAGACAGUGCGAGACUGGCCGCUAGCCCUAACAAGAGUCAAAUAGCUAGUGACACUGACGAAAGACCAAAGGAUAAUGCGAGAAUUGAAGUUAAUAGUGAGCAUUGUCAAAAUAUAUUGGGUCGAGUGGAUAAGGUGUAUAGAGGCACAUUGUUGACAGUUAAUUCGUUUCUUAAUGUUCAACUAAGGCUGAUGCUAAAAAGUAACGUGUUCCUCCGCGGAAGGGUUGAUGAUUCCAGUCCUGAUGAAAUUGAGCAAUUAAGAUGUAAGGAUGUUACUAUGAAAAGCAUAUCAGCAAUUUUGGACUUGCUUCUAUUAUGGUACAAGGUAGACCAUAUUCUGAAAUUCGAGUAUCUGUCGGUUCUAUUGUUUGAUGCAAGGUAUUAUCUAUUUGUUUACAAAUAUCUUUAUUCUCAUAAUGUGUUGGAAAAGGCUCUUUUUGUGAGUAACUUGGAUUGCACUUUUUUCAAUGCCAGCAGACAUGUGUCUGAUGAAUGGGUCGAGGUGAAUGGUAUCACCACAACCAGCAAGAAUCAGAACAACAGUACUGCUAAUGGUCAUGAAUACGGCUAUGAUGGUCUGGCCGACCAAGAGGUCGACCAUGUUUCCAACACCUAUUUAUUCACGUUGAUCAACUUGGUUAGAGUACUACGGAAGAUUGUAAAGCACAAAACACAAAGAGUUAUCAUUGUUGCUGAGCUGCCUUCAGAGACAUUGAAGCAGGCUUUAACAGUAUACCAGGAGGAUUUAUGGAAAACCGUAUUGGAUUUGUUCAAAGAACAAGUGCCUUUUAACGGAAAGAAAUGGAAGUUCAAUAAUAUGGAUCUGAUCUCUGCUAUUUAUUUGAAUUGCAAGGCCAAAUUGCGCGAUGACUGGUUAUCAGGAAUUGAUGUAAAUGCAGAAAUCGAUGAUGCAUAUCCCCAAGAAGUUGCAUUGCGAUCUCUAGUCAAGUUCUUCAACGAUCAUAGUUCAACUAGUGGAGACCAAAUCGAUCAACAACAUCCCGAUUUUUUCGCUCAGGAAUUAGAAGCGUUGACUAUUUCCAGUAAUUGA